AAGAAAGUUCUGUAAGAUGGAGCAAAGGGCCCUAGGGAGAGUGGAGAUUUUCAUAAGCUGUAUCAGGCUUUGAGACAAUUUUGGUUUUAUUUCUCUGAUGCUAUUCAGUGGAACCAUCACAAGAUCCCAGUUUCCUGUGCAUUCCUGUGGGCACUAUGUAAAGGGAGUCGACGAGUUGAAGAUGAAGCCCAGAGCAGAGUGCUGUUCUCCCAAGUUCUGGUUGGUGUUGGCCGUCCUGGCAGUAUCGGGCAGCAGGGCUCGUUCUCAGAAGAGCCCCCCCAGCAUUGGUAUCGCUGUUAUUCUUGUGGGCACUUCAGACGAGGUGGCCAUAAAAGACGCCCACGAGAAAGAUGACUUCCACCAUCUCUCAGUAGUGCCCCGGGUGGAGCUGGUAGCCAUGAAUGAAACCGACCCAAAGAGCAUCAUCACCCGUAUCUGUGAUCUCAUGUCUGACCGGAAGAUCCAGGGGGUGGUGUUUGCUGAUGACACAGAUCAGGAAGCCAUCGCCCAGAUCCUCGAUUUCAUUUCCGCUCAGACUCUCACCCCUAUCCUGGGCAUCCACGGGGGCUCAUCUAUGAUAAUGGCUGACAAGGAUGAAUCCUCCAUGUUUUUCCAGUUUGGCCCGUCAAUCGAACAGCAGGCUUCCGUGAUGCUCAACAUCAUGGAAGAAUACGACUGGUACAUCUUUUCUAUUGUCACCACCUAUUUCCCUGGCUACCAGGACUUUGUGAACAAGAUCCGCAGCACCAUCGAGAACAGCUUCGUGGGCUGGGAGCUGGAGGAAGUCCUCUUACUAGACAUGUCUCUAGAUGAUGGUGAUUCUAAGAUCCAGAACCAGCUCAAGAAACUUCAAAGCCCCAUCAUUCUUCUUUACUGUACCAAGGAAGAAGCCACCUACAUCUUUGAAGUAGCGAACUCAGUUGGACUGACUGGCUAUGGCUACACAUGGAUUGUGCCUAGUCUGGUGGCAGGGGAUACAGACACGGUGCCCUCAGAGUUUCCCACGGGCCUUAUCUCUGUGUCAUACGAUGAAUGGGACUAUGGCCUUCCUGCCAGAGUGAGAGAUGGGAUUGCCAUCAUCACCACUGCUGCCUCCGACAUGCUGUCUGAACAUAGCUUCAUCCCCGAGCCCAAGAGCAGUUGUUACAACACCCACGAGAAGAGAAUCUACCAGUCUAACAUGCUGAAUAGGUAUCUGAUCAAUGUCACUUUUGAGGGGAGAAACUUGUCCUUCAGUGAAGAUGGCUACCAGAUGCACCCCAAGCUGGUGAUAAUCCUGCUGAACAAGGAGAGGAAGUGGGAGAGGGUGGGGAAGUGGAAAGACAAGUCCCUGCAGAUGAAAUACUACGUGUGGCCCCGAAUGUGUCCCGAGACUGAAGAACAGGAGGAUGACCACCUGAGCAUUGUGACCCUGGAGGAGGCGCCAUUUGUCAUUGUGGAAAGUGUAGAUCCUCUGAGUGGAACCUGCAUGAGGAACACAGUCCCCUGUCAGAAGCGCAUAAUCUCUGAAAAUAAAACAGAUGAGGAGCCAGGCUACAUCAAAAAAUGCUGCAAAGGGUUCUGUAUUGACAUCCUGAAGAAAAUUUCAAAGUCUGUGAAGUUCACCUAUGACCUUUACCUGGUGACCAAUGGAAAACAUGGGAAGAAAAUCAAUGGGACCUGGAACGGCAUGAUUGGAGAGGUUGUCAUGAAGAGGGCCUACAUGGCAGUGGGAUCACUCACUAUCAAUGAAGAACGAUCAGAGGUGGUUGACUUCUCUGUGCCCUUCAUAGAGACCGGCAUCAGUGUCAUGGUGUCACGCAGCAAUGGGACAGUCUCACCUUCUGCCUUCUUAGAGCCAUUCAGUGCUGACGUGUGGGUGAUGAUGUUCGUAAUGCUGCUCAUCGUCUCUGCUGUGGCUGUCUUUGUCUUUGAAUACUUCAGCCCUGUGGGUUACAACAGGUGCCUCGCUGAUGGCAGAGAACCAGGAGGUCCAUCUUUCACCAUCGGCAAAGCGAUUUGGUUGCUCUGGGGUCUGGUGUUCAAUAACUCCGUACCUGUGCAAAACCCAAAGGGAACCACAUCCAAGAUCAUGGUGUCAGUGUGGGCCUUCUUUGCUGUCAUUUUCCUGGCCAGCUACACUGCCAACUUAGCGGCCUUCAUGAUCCAGGAAGAAUAUGUGGACCAGGUUUCUGGCCUGAGUGACAAGAAGUUCCAGAGACCUAAUGACUUCUCACCCCCUUUCCGCUUUGGGACUGUGCCCAAUGGCAGCACAGAGAGGAAUAUUCGUAAUAACUAUGCAGAAAUGCAUGCCUACAUGGGAAAGUUCAACCAAAGGGGUGUAGAUGAUGCAUUGCUCUCCCUAAAAACGGGGAAACUCGAUGCCUUCAUCUACGAUGCAGCAGUACUCAACUACAUGGCUGGGAGAGAUGAAGGUUGUAAGCUGGUGACCAUUGGCAGUGGCAAGGUCUUCGCGUCUACUGGCUAUGGCAUUGCCAUCCAGAAAGACUCCGGGUGGAAGCGCCAGGUGGACCUUGCUAUCCUGCAGCUGUUUGGAGAUGGGGAGAUGGAAGAACUAGAAGCUCUCUGGCUCACUGGCAUUUGUCACAAUGAGAAGAAUGAGGUCAUGAGCAGCCAGCUGGACAUUGACAAUAUGGCAGGCGUCUUCUACAUGUUGGGGGCAGCCAUGGCUCUCAGCCUUAUUACCUUCAUCUGUGAACACCUUUUCUAUUGGCAGUUCCGGCAUUGUUUCAUGGGUGUCUGUUCUGGCAAGCCAGGCAUGGUCUUCUCCAUCAGCAGAGGUAUCUACAGCUGCAUCCAUGGAGUCGCUAUUGAGGAACGUCAGUCCGUGAUGAAUUCGCCAACCGCCACCAUGAAUAACACACACUCCAACAUCCUGCGCCUCCUCCGCACUGCGAAGAAUAUGGCCAACUUAUCAGGCGUGAACGGCUCACCUCAGAGUGCCCUGGACUUCAUCCGCAGGGAGUCAUCUGUCUAUGACAUCUCUGAGCACCGCCGCAGCUUCACGCAUUCAGACUGCAAAUCCUACAACAACCCACCCUGCGAGGAAAACCUGUUCAGUGACUACAUCAGCGAGGUGGAGAGAACGUUUGGCAACCUGCAGUUGAAGGACAGCAACGUGUACCAAGAUCACUAUCACCAUCACCACCGGCCCCACAGCAUCGGCAGCACCAGCUCCAUCGAUGGGCUCUACGACUGUGACAACCCCCCUUUCACCACCCAGCCGAGGUCAAUCAGCAAGAAACCGCUGGACAUCGGCCUGCCCUCCUCCAAACACAGCCAGCUCAGUGACCUGUAUGGCAAGUUCUCCUUCAAGAGUGACCGCUACAGUGGUCAUGACGACUUGAUUCGCUCUGAUGUCUCAGACAUCUCCACGCACACGGUGACCUAUGGAAACAUCGAGGGCAAUGCCGCCAAGAGGAGGAAACAGCAAUACAAGGACAGCCUGAAGAAGCGGCCAGCUUCAGCCAAGUCCCGCAGGGAGUUUGAUGAGAUCGAACUGGCCUACCGGCGCCGACCACCCCGCUCCCCGGACCACAAGCGCUACUUCAGGGAUAAGGAAGGGCUCCGGGACUUCUACCUGGACCAGUUCCGAACAAAGGAGAACUCUCCCCACUGGGAGCAUGUGGACCUGACCGACAUCUACAAGGAGCGCAGCGAUGACUUUAAGCGAGACUCGGUCAGUGGCGGUGGGCCCUGUACCAACAGGUCUCACCUCAAACAUGGGACAGGCGACAAACAUGCUGUGGUAGGCGGGGUGCCGGCCCCUUGGGAGAAGAACCUGACCAAUGUGGAGUGGGAGGACCGGUCCGGUGGCAACUUCUGCCGCAGCUGCCCCUCCAAGCUGCACAACUACCCCUCCACCGUGGCAGGUCAGAACUCGGGCCGCCAGGCCUGCAUCAGGUGUGAAGCUUGCAAGAAGGCGGGCAACCUGUAUGACAUCAGUGAGGACAACUCCCUGCAGGAACUGGACCAGCCGGCUGCCCCCGUGGCUGCGACAUCCAAUGCCUCCACCACCAAGUACCCUCAGAGCCCAACUAAUUCCAAGGCCCAGAAGAGGAACCGGAACAGACUGCGCCGGCAACACUCCUAUGACACCUUCGUGGACCUGCAGAAGGAGGAGGCCGCCUUGGCCCCGCGCAGCGUGAGCCUGAAAGACAAGGGCCGAUUCCUGGAUGGUAGCCCCUACGCCCACAUGUUUGAGAUGCCAGCUGGUGAGAGCACCUUUGCCAACAACAAGCCCUCAGUGCCCACUGCCGGACACCAUCACCACAACAACCCCGGCAGCGGCUACAUGCUCAGCAAGUCGCUCUACCCUGACCGGGUCACGCAAAACCCUUUCAUCCCCACUUUUGGGGACGACCAGUGCUUGCUCCACGGCAGCAAAUCCUACUUCUUCAGGCAGCCCACAGUGGCAGGGGCGUCGAAAGCCAGGCCGGACUUCCGGGCCCUUGUCACCAACAAGCCAGUGGUGUCGGCCCUUCAUGGGGCUGUGCCAGGCCGUUUCCAGAAGGACAUCUGUAUAGGGAACCAGUCCAACCCCUGUGUGCCUAACAACAAAAACCCCAGGGCUUUCAAUGGCUCCAGCAAUGGGCAUGUUUAUGAGAAACUUUCUAGUAUUGAGUCUGAUGUCUGAGUGAGGGAAGAGAGAGGUUAAGGUGGGUAUGGGAGGGGUAGGGGCUGUGGGUCGAGUGGUGCGCAUGUCAUGGAGGGGGUUGGGGGUGAAUGUGUUUCCCAUUUGCUUCUUUCUUGUUCUUUUCAUUUCUUUAUGGGAUCCUGGCGGUCUGGUUCCUACUGAAGCCAACCCUGUGGCCAGCACUCUCUCCCCUCCCAUCUGUCCAACAUCCCUGUUCCCAUGAGAGGAUAGAAUGGGCCUCUCAGCAUGGGAAGAUGGAGAGAAGACAGGAAAUGCUUCCUAUAUGCUUCUUCCUUGCACAGAAGGGCUCUUUGCCACCCCCCACCCCCUUUGACUGAGGCUUAGACAAUCUAAGGGAGGCCACUGUGAGCACAGAAGUAGCUUUUUCAAAACUACUCUCGAAGGAAGGAAGCUGAGGCAUCGAAAUAAGACCAUUUAGCAUACUGCUCCUAGAAGAGGAUUCUGCUACUUUGCUACAUGACCGACAUCUACCUAGGAGUCAGGUGCCAAGCAAAGGGUAGGAAGCCAUUGUGUGCUUAUAUAUAAGCCAAAAAUUGUUUGCUUCUGCUCCUUAAGACUCAUUAACCAAAGGGAAAGGUCACUGGUGGAUGAGGGAUUCCUGAACUGGAAAGUUCAGUGCAAUGGUGCCCCAUGGUGCAUUGGAGGCAAGAGUAAUGGGAGCGAGCGGGUGUCCACGUACAGCUGCACCCACAUGUAGUUGGGUGCCUCUCAACACAGAGAAGGCAACUUUGACUUGUUUCUUCCACAUACUUAAGCAAUGUGCUUUUUUGGCUUAUAUAUAAACAAAGAUAGUCACAAAUCACCUGGAUUUUGAGUAUCUUGCCCUUUUACCCUUCCUGGAUGAAAAGGAUGGAAGUUAUUGACAAAGAAGAGUGUGUAUUAUAGAAAGUGAAAGGGACCUAGGUAAUUCUACAAAGCACGGUAGGAAGGUAUCUUUCUAGGGAUUGUAACUUCAAGAAGCUUGAACCAAGAACUUUCCAGGAAGGCUGAAGGGAAAUACGAGAGCCAUUAUUCUUUUAUCCACACCAGAGAGCAAAAGAUUCUAGAAACUCUUUUGAGUUUUUAGCCCCUUGACUGGCUGAGGUUUGGGGGAGGAAGUCAGUAAGCUGUUGAAGAAGAUGGGAUCUUUUGUGCUAGGGUAAGUGAGAGAGGGGGAUGUUUUCAAUGCUUUGAUCCCUUCUCACUGAACCUGGAGCUAGAAGAGCAGGAAAAUUCCCCCAGAACUGAUGACAAGCAACAGGCAGGGAAGAGAAAAGAGCUUGUCCCCCAGGAUAGAGCUCUGGAGGUCUAGAGAUUUGGAGGUGGGAGCCUGGCUCCCUGGGAAUGUGGUUGAACCAGUGUGAACACUCAAGGUAGACAUGCUUUCACCUUUCUGCAACACUCCUGUUCCCCCUCAGAUUGUACCACUCAAAAGUAAAUAUAUGUAUGUAUGUGUGUGUGUGUAUGAGUGUAUAAAACUCCAGGGAUGGGGUGCUGGCAGGUGUGAUGCCUCCUCACUUAAAGUUGUAAAAUUAAGAAGGGAAAUGAGUUGUCACUGCCCGUCCUAAAACUUGGGGUAGGGGUGUUCUCUGGGUCAGUUUCACUGUCCUGCCCUCCCCUCAUGCAGGGUGGUAUCCAAAGAGCCCGGGUCUGUUUGGAAGCUUGACCACAGGAUCGCCUUGUUGCACACAGGACACAUAAACCAGAAAGGUGCUUAUCCUCCUCUGGAACGAAGCUGCCAUGUCUCUUCACGUCACACCCUCCAGGGCUGCUCUUUGCCUUCCUGGUCGCCCUGCCUCACGGCCUUUCCUCAUCCCCCAUCCUUGACUGCUGUCCCCCACCCUCCUCCUUGAUUUUUACCUCAGUAUCUUUCAUUUUAAAGCCAACCGAAGGCCUUGUUUUCUUUCUAAAAUGAACGUGGGGGCAAGGGGCUGAACCUCUCACAGAUCUGGAGAGAGGAGCACGGAGUGCUUUACCUUAGAUUCCAGGAAAGACUUUGAGAGAGGACAGAGGGCGUGAGGCAUCUCCCGGAGGAAGAAGGGCCAUAGAAACAUUGCUUCACCCUGGCUCUGUCCAAGGGCCAGGGACUCAUCCCUCACUCUUCCUCUUACCUCACCCCUUUAAAAUAAAAUUUAAAAAAAAAAAAAAAAACCAAACCAACUAACCUAGCGAACAGCAAUCUAGAACACAGGGGGCUCUGUUGGUCUUCAUGGGCCACAGAAAACAAGAUGGUGUUUAUUUCAUAUGUAAAUAUUUUGUUUUCUAAAUUUUGUAUAGAUAAAGUGUUCUCUUGUGAGUAUUCAGGGUGUUGAGCUGGAGGGAGUGGGGUGGGGAUGGGAAUGAGGGUGGGGAAGUGUUUUGUUAUGGGUUUUCAUUUUCUGUUGGGAGGAACUGUUUGGUAUGGCCUUGGCUAUAGAGUGUCUGGAAAAAGGGAACAGGAACAAAAGCCACAAUGAUGAACAAGCUGGGAAAAUCAUUUGUGUCCAUGCUCUGCCUCUAAAACCAGUAUUCCUGCUGGUCUGUGAGAAGUUCUUAUGCACUUUGGUCUGGGUUUUACUGGGUCCAUAUCAGCCCUAGGCAAACCUUGUUCUGACUCUUAGCUUCUAGGGAGACCAUAAGGUAUCAGCACUGUCGAAGAUGAACUGGUGACACCAGAUUUUCCCCUGUUGCUUGCACACGUUCCCCAAAGGGCUUGAAGAAAAGAAUUGAGGUCCAAUUCCCCUCCCAUUCUUGGCAUGACUGGGAGGUUGCAGGAUACUAGAGCCUGGGGAACCUCCCAGCAGCAUUUUCUGAUGUUUAACAAUCAUCUGACCACUUACCCUUUCCUUUCUAGUACCUAGGCCCUGGCCCGUGCCUCCAGCCCACCUGUAGAAAUUAUCACUGCAGGCACACCCAGGAAAUGUACACUAACUUGACUUUUUGAAGUAUUUGGUAUCAGGCUCCAGAGGGUAACAACGAUAACAAGGGUCAUACAAAAGAUCACCAGAUCUCAAAACUCAUCGGCUAUCAAGGUAGCCAAAGGUGGGAAAGUAGGUAUGUGAGGGACAGUACCAAUGGUGGUUUUUAUAUUGCCUUGUUUGUGUUACUGCCAUCGGGAAGGUGCUAUUUUGUUCAUUAGGUGUCCCUAACCUGGUCUUGGGUUAACCAAAUAGGAUCUCACUCGACAGUUGGCUUUGUGGAAGGUGGCAGCUUCUCUCUCUCUGGGUGAAAAUUCCAAAUUGACAUACUCAACAUAGUGUAUUUUCUCCCCUACCCUCCUGUCAUUAGAAGCUGUCAUCAGGAUUAUUUUAUUAUCUUUGACCCCUUAUUUGGUCCCGGUUGAUCACCUUUUUCAAACUGGAUGUUAGAAUUUGGGACCAAGUAAGGAGAUGGGCCAUGGAAACAUUCCUUCAUCCUGGCUCCAUCCAAGGGCCUGCUCAAGAAAGACUAAGGAUAGGAAGGCUGCCAGGUUCUAGAUGUGACUGAAUUCCAGAAAAACAAGGCAGUCUGAUGCAUAAGAAUUCCACAGCCAUUCUUCUGUCCCUAGCACAGAUCAGUAUGGAGCAAAACCCAGUCUAUCCAAAACUGUGAGAUUCUGCAGAGCCCUCAGGAGCACCUCGUGUCCCAGAGUGUUCUUCAGAACCCAUGCUUUCUUGCAUGUGCCCUCUCUCCUCCACCACGGAGGUGGGUUGUGCUCCAUAUCUCCCGCUGUGGAAGUGGGUUGGUGGGUGUGGCCCUGUAUCACUCCUUUCAGUGGCAGUGCCGACACCUCAGCAUGUCCAGUGACCUCAACAAUCUGACCCUUGAAUAUGCCUGAGUAAAAAUGUGCACACCCUUCAGGAGUGCUGCAUGUGCAGUGGACCUUGUUAUUUCAAAGUCGUCAGUGUGUAUCCUCAGCCGGAACUUGGGGAACAUCCUUCAUUGUAUUUCCCCUGUACUGGCCACAGCCAUUUUGUGAUUGGGGGAGGAAAAAAAAUCCCAAAUGAUCCCAUUAAAUGUUGGUGGUGUCAGUCAGUAGUGCCCAAACAAACGCAUGUGUAACUUGAUAAAAUAGUUGUCUAUACAGUGAAGUAUCACCUGCCCAGUCUUCCAUGGCCAUCAGGAACAGCCCCAGGGAGAAUUUUCUGCAGAGUGCUGGUCACCUGCACAUUUCAUUUAAGAACUAGGGUUUCUUUGAUUUUGUUUUUAUUUAGUUUUUAGUUACUUCAAGAUUUAGGGACAGACUAACUGGAAUGUUUGGGCAAUAGCCUUUAGAAGAGCUAUUCCUGAACUCAACUUUGUUUUUUGUUUUUUUUUAAAUCACCAUCUGUCUCUUUCAAAGGCCCUGUCAUUGCUUGGCACCCUGUGUCUGUUUUGGUGGGCUAGGAAUGAUUCAGUUGUGUGCGUAAAUGAUGUAACAGCAGUGUUUGUGAUGAAUGUGUUUGUGUUUCUGGGCAUUGUGGCCAUACUGUAUGUGUUCUCUGAGCCCAAAGCCAUAUAGGAACUAUGUGCUCCAGGGGCUGCUAAAACACUCUGGUAUCGCCUUGGCUUUGUCACCUUGGUGUCAGAGACUCUUCUCCCUAUCUAAGGAACACUUACCUACAGGAGGUCAGUCACAUUGGAGUGGCUCUAGCCUUACCAAUGGUAAAUCAUACAUGGUGUGCUUUCAAGAUCCUGAAAGAGCCUUCCAACUGCUGGCUUCCCAGGCAGAUUUACUGCAUUAGCAACAAGCUAUUCAUCUGCUGUUCAAAUGAGAGCCUUCCUGGGAAAAGUGACAUACUAAGCCAUAUUAGGGAUUUGUACAUUUAAACACCUAAUCUACAUUAGGAUUCUCAUUCCUUUUCCUGGGAGGAGGCUAUGAUACAGGAGAGAGAGAAAUCAGAGAACAUUGAGAGUAACAGAGCUGAGAGCAAGGAUAAAGGUUCCAGAAAAGUCAUUUAAAUCAUGUUUCAUCUCCACUUAAGGCCCUUGAGAUCCUGGAUUAGGAGUUUUAUUUAGGAAUCUGUUUCAGUACACAGUCACCUAUGUAGUUUGUAGAUUGCUGAAUUCAACGUAUAGGGCAGGUAAGAAUUGGGACCCUAGAAAGUAGACGCCUAAUGCAAGAUACCGAGGAGAUAGCUGAAAAGAUCAAAUUGAAUUCAUAUUUAGUAUAGUAAUCUAGUACUAUGUUAAAAUACUAUGGUAUUAUCUGUUCUCUGUUCCAGUUCAAUUAAUCUUCCAAUUAACCAACUUGUCCUACACCCUAUGCUUUUCCAGCUUUCCCACCCCAUUCUCUCUAUUAAGGAGCCAGUGGUCCUCAGGUGCUAUUUAACCUGUGGGGCAAUUCAUUUGUAGGCCUAUGAGAUGACUGGGUCAAUGUUAAAAUGGAGAUUUGACAUUCUGAGAACUUCCAAUAUUGAUCUAGGUCUAGGAGUCCAUCUUGUUUAGGGCUUAGCCAUAUAUAAGGCCCCAGGUUGAAUUAAUUCAUCCUACCCCCAUGCCAUUCUAACUGUAUUAACUCAGUCACACAGAGUCCCUAUGAGUUCUGGAACUUGGAAUAUGUGACCUAUCUAUUCCCACAACAAAGCCCCAAUCAAAGCAUGAAAGUCAUUGCUGUGUCCAUGCCCAGGAAAGAUUGAAAUUCAGGUUUUCUAUGUACUGAACUGAGGGGAAAGAUUUCUGCUCAGAGAGUAUGGGGCUAGCACAGCCAUACUGGAUACUGAUGUCAGAACUAAUCACUGUGAGCUGCCGGUGCUGUCCCAUGUUUUGCAUUUGUUGGUGUGACGGGGGAUGGUGGCACCGAUGAGAACUGAAAGUGGAAAGUAGAGUGAAUGAUGGGAUUCUUCAUAGCCUUGGCAUGCUGGUGUGUGGGAUCAGUUGGGGCAAAUGUGAGUGAAAUGGAACUCAGUGCAGGGAUCAUAGUUCCAAGGGAGAAGCACAACUCUGAGCUCAUUGCAAAGCUGUUAUUUUAAAGAUUUAGUUUCAACCUGAACUCUAUGUGUUUGAAAUUAAGUUUGGGGUUUGGGGGUGGUACCAAAAUAAAAUAAUAUAAAGCUCAACAUAAAUAUGUGAGUUCAAUUAAACCAAGAUCUGUUGAGCACUUUUACUAUGUUCCUGGGUUAGUGCUGGGAUGAUUUUAAAUGGAGUAUUGUUAUAUUCACAUAGAAUAUAUGAAUGCAUAAGUAUAGAAUAUUUAAACAUAUGUAUUAUGUAUAUAUAAAUAGGUGUGCAUAAAUUUCUGUGAUUGCACAUGCAGGUUUGAUAUUUUUUGGUUUCAUGGUAUGACUCAAAGAUAUUCAUUAUGUUAUUUUUAAAAACACUACAGUGAUUCAACUCUCCACAGCAGAGCCAGCCCUGGCCCAUUUCCUUGGAAAUUAUUAUACAUUCCAGAGCUAAAACUCAGCAGUUCCCUCUGUGGUCACAACCUUGCAUUGUCUACAUCUUAUCUACCUUCCUUUAAGCCUCAUCUGUUGUUCUGGUCUUUAAACCCAUCUGGCUAUGUUUACCUCCAUCUUUGGUCAUAGGAACCCAUGAGUGACCUUGUGUUCACCUUUGUCACAAUACUCUUACCAGAACUCUAAUUUCUCCCCCUUCCACACACACAUACUUUGCUCAUUUAAUGUUAUAUUCCAACCUCUCAAUAUCCACUGAAUCCAAGAAAAGGUCGUAAACCUGUAUUGAAGAGGACAAAAUUAAUCCACAUAAUCUUACCUGAAUCCUACCCGGCUUGGACAGCUUUAAAAACAUUUUUUCCUAUGUUGAUUCUUUGUCACAGUCUUUAAGUGGUUGUUACAUUUUUCUUUUCCUUUCAUGUUCAGCUUCUUUUUUUCAAUAAGCAUUUUCCUCAAUUCUGGAAGCAAGAAGAGACACCAAAUUAUUGCCUUUUGGUAUAAUCUUCCCCCCCAACCCCUCCCCCCUUUGAGUGUCUCCUGUCCUUCACUCAUAUUUGCUUAACCUCUCAAUCUAAUGCUCUUUUCCCUGUGCUUUCAAUGCCUCUUUAAGGUCUUCUGAGGCACACACCAGCUGAUAUCACUUCUCUCCAUUCCAUCUUUACUCCCUUCCACACACCUGACUGCACUUAUCUCAAAAACAAAAUCCUGCAACAUCUGGAAAACCAAAUCUCUCUUCAAUUAGACUCUACAGUUCUAUCUCUGUUCAUCUUUGCACUUUCAAACUUCUCAGAAGGACUGUCUUUCUUCACUUCCUCACCCAGUGCUCAUCGCUUUCUAAAUGAUCUACAACCUGCUAGUCCCCUACAACUACUAUAUACAACUACCAAUGAACUUGUCAAAGCAAAAUCCAAUAGCAUUUUUCUCUUCCCUGAUACUCAGCCUUCUUGACAGCAACCUAAGCAAACUAUAGGGAGCCAGUCAGUGCAUUCUGGUUUGUGUCUUAGCUCUCUGGUCCUCUGUGACCUCACUGUUUCCAGCUUUUGCUCAACAUUGACUGGUAUGGCAUCCUGAGUUUGACCCUCUCCAUAUUAACUCCUCGUGGCCUUUUGGAUUUCUGUAACAUCGGUGGCUCGGCAUGUAUAUGAAUUUCAGGUCUUCACUCCUAGACCCUACUUUCUCCACUUCUAAUGUCCAUAUGACCAAUCACCUCACUUCAUAGUGACUCAAAUAUUCAGGUCUAUUCCUGCAGACCAACACCAUUAGCAAGUCCCCCUUCUGCUCAGUGGUACUGUCGUUCCUUUUUGUCACCAUCCUAAAGCUUUUCCGGAAACUUGUGCCUCGUUGGUGUCCUUGAUUUUGCACAUGUAAUGAUUUGGAAAGCCCGUACAUUCAUACUCUACAGUUUGCCCAUCUCCUCUUUUCAUUCAGACUUUUCCCUCCUAUCUGGAUUAUUUCAGUGCUUUAUAGCUUUGUUCCAAGAGUCUGUAUUUGAAUCUACUCUUAUCAGCAUGCAUUUCCUAAAUAAAACCAGAUCAUGUCAUCCCUAAACACACAGGACAGUCUUCAGUGGGCUUCACUGCAGGAAUAACUUUUUGUCAUUUGCCUUUGUGUGCUCCUUUUCAGAGAUGAGCUAAAUCACAAACUUCUCCCUUAAUGUUGCUGGCUUUCCUCCUUAAACUCAUCUUUCUCCAAAUACUCUCCUCCUGACUCGUGUCCCUGUUUUCUUGCAUAAUACCCAUACUCUCUAUAUAAGCCUUCAAAGACAGUAACAAAUGACUACAACAUCUACUUCCCUUCAUGAUCCAUACACAAAAAUGUUAGGCAUUUUGUGAAUUUUAUCUCCCUGGUGGCAACCAUCACAGACCAUCAUUAUAAUUACUUGGUUAUACACUCCAUCUUCUCUACUAGAUUCGAAGCAGACCAUAUACUUGCUCACCUAUUUCCAAUAGGACCUGAGUAUCUUGUUUGUGAUAGGCCUUAGAGAAUAUUCGAUAUUGUUAUGCAUAAAAUAGAGGAGGACUCAUUUUUAUCCCUGAGAUACUCUGAUCUGAAGGAACACUUGUUGAAUUCUAAGCCCUGUCAUCCCCAUAUUUCUCUGUUCCUGUAAACAUAGUCUCAGUAAUAUACUAACAUCACAAGUAUACAUUUCCAUGUUAAUUGUUUCCAGUGGGAAUUUAGAUUUUUCUAAGUCAUGCUUCAUUCUGUGAAGUUCUUCUGUGACAGUUUUGUGAUUAGAGUGUCUUUUAAUGCUGCAUGUUUCAGAGAUAUCGAUCAAAUGUUAGAUAUCAGGAGCGCUCAGAUACUGUGAAUGGAGCUGGGAUCUAAACACAUCAUUGUCCUGAGUCUAACCUGACCUAUGCUGUCUUUGUUCCAAUAGUUAAACUGGUUUGGUUUUAAACACUUUUAGUAUCAGAAGGGCCUUAUUACAAGUCAGACUCACUAAUUAUAGAGCUUGUGGACCUCAAGUGGUGGUCCAAUGAGAACAAUGGGUUUUGCCAUGUGCUGGUACUUGUACUAUCAUAUCUGUGCAGGUCAGACCUGUGGUGGGAAGAGCUGUUUGUUCUGCUUAUGAUUUUAGCUUAAUGACCUUUUUUUCAUGAACUCUGGAUUCUCACCCUUUCUGAGUCACUAUGGCAUUAAGAUCAUGAAACAUAUACCUCUGAAAAUAAAUUAGAAUUUUAAGAGUUGGUUCACUGUUUCAAUGACUCUUUUGUCUGUAAAUAUGAAGGACUCAGGUGGACAGGUUGUCACUUCUGGCCCUAUGGCCCUCCUGUUCCCUUGGUUCUAUUUAGCAAUCUGACCUACUCUUUCAAGUUAAUGUCUGUCUCUCUCAAGAACUCUUGAAGCUGGUCCUGCUCUUUCACUUUAUCUGCUCUGGUAACAGAUAAUGUUCUCUUUCCUUCUCUUGGCCACCCUCCUCUAUCAAUCUCAUAAUGUCAUUGGUCAUGAAUUAUUCUCCUUCGGGAGGCAUCUUCUGCCACUGUGUGCUCAUUUAAAGCAUGCUAUAGUGAACCAAACUCAAAUAAGUUACAGGCAGUGACAAGUCUCUUUUUCAAAGAAGCAAGUGAAGUUUAUUCGUCAUUGAGACAGCAGUGGGUAGAGAGAUUAUUAUUGGCAACCUGGGGUAAAACGUGACAAUUUAGGAGCUAUCUAGUGAAAAUUAAAAUGUUAAGUGUACAGGGAUAAGUUCUUUUAGAGUUUUGAUCUUAGAAAUGGGAAUAAUUAACAUUUGAGAGCAAGGUCCAUCUCAUAAUACUAUGCUCCAAAAAUGUUAGCCACCAUGAUUCUAUCCACCUUCUUUGCAGGAGGAGGAGGCUCACAGUGGCUGGGAUCUAUUUGUUUCAAAAGAGGACUCUUUUCUUCUAAAAGAAAAGAAACGUGUCUGCCUAAAACCUCAGUCCUAUUCAGAACAGUCUAUGUGGCUGUCAUUAAUGCAGUUUAAUUGACCAUUUUUUGAAACUAAGGGCUAUUUUAACAUUCCCUUUAGAUAUGAUAUAAAUACCUGCUAUAAGAAAGUAGGCCACUGUUUACCUCUGCCUGGGUUCUGCUUUCAGCACCUUAUCAAUUGGUUUCAUGUAUUCUUCUAAGCCACACAGUUACAUGCAAUUAGAUGAUGGCUUUGCUAUGAGCAUCUUCAUCCUUGUGCAUCUUCCAAAUAUCAAACACACACACACACACACACACACACACACACACAGGUCUUAAGGACUGUCCAAACCAUCAGUAUCAAUCACAUUAUGAUAUAUCAUACUGUGCAUUGAGAACUAGAUGGACAAACAUAUUGUAGUUUAUCCAGUUAGUCCCUUCUCUUCUUUGCUAUAGAUUGCUAUCCCUCAAGGUCUGAAAAAGUACCCAGGUUUUAUGUGAAGGGAAUAUCUUGUCUGUGUUAGAACAACCUGACUAUCUUGCUGACUUCUAUUUUACCUGGUAAAAUCCAUAGUUUUCUCAUAUUCCAUUAAUGGAUCAGUGCUAAGAGGGUGGAGAAGCAGAAUCCAGUCUCCCUGAGAACAGGCAGUCCUGUUGCUUGGAUACACGCAUAACGUGUGUCCAUACCUCUUGGAAGUAUCCUAGGCCAAAGUGCGAGAUCUGUUCUCAAUAGAGAUAGGAAUAGGAAUAUGUACCUUGAGAGAGGCAAUAAUUUUUACUUUCUACCUCUCCAAGGGCCAUGAACAGAGAAAAUAUCAAGGCUUCAAGUAAGAAAGAAAGGAGGAUGGAAGGACAUGCAGGUAGAAAUCAAAUUAAGAAAAACAGAGGAUAGGAAAAAAAAAAACAAAAAACGUUUGAUAUGAAGGCGAUUAGAAGUCACCCAAGACAGCUGUGCUUGCUCUGUACCUUCCAUCUCAUGUACUCUCCCUCCUUUCUUAUUGAUCAUGAGGCGCUCUAUGCCCUGUUAGCUCCGCUAACUCACCCUGAAGCCACAUGCGCACCAUACGUGAACACAUGCACACGCACACAAUUUUUAAAUGAGAAGCUGAGAAAGCAUAGACCUUGACUGUAUACAUGAUAUUUAAUAUUUCAAAACUGGAAUCAGCUAGUCUAUUUCCAUUAGUUGGCCCUCUAUUUUGAUGACCAGGAUACAUAACUAGGCACCUUAGACUCUUGGGCACAUUGAAUGAUCAGGGCAUUCGCUUCAGGUGUGUCUUAGUUACAGGCAUAAGAAGUGGAUCACUAAGCAACUCGAAAAGCCAUCCCAUCAGCAUUCUUGGUUAAAUCCAUGAAAAAAGCAAAAGAAGAUCCCGAAAUGCUACCAGUUUUUAAUUCAACUCUGCCUCAGCCUUGGAGAGGGACAGUUUUGGGGAUCACCGGAAGCCUAUUUGGACCUCUACCAAGUUUGGCCUACUGUACAUUUGAAGAAAACCAAAGUUAUCAAUAGGUGGAUAUGAGAAAUUUACCUUCACCAUUUCUCCAAGUGGCCUCCUUUGAUAUGGAAAUAUAAGUUUUAAUUGUCCAGAUGAAAAAAAGCACAGAAAAACUGGUUAAGACAAAAGUUAUAUUGUAAAUUUUUGCCCAAAUCAACACUUACCUGAAUUUUGAACUCUCAGUCCAGCUCAGUGAGUAAUACUGCUCAAAUGGUCCACCAUACCCUAGGUUUUUAGCAUCUAACAGUGGAGAUCAAUCAAAUCUAAAGAGCUGAUUUAACUAAUUCUUUUCCAUAAAAUGUGUCUUGUCAGAUCUUCACUCCCACGCUUUCCCCCACACGGUCCAUUAGCAAAUGGUAGAACAGAAGAAGGAACCUGAAAAACAGAGAGAGAAAAGUUUCUCUAAUGAGGAAAAGUUGAUAAACAUGUUUGACUAUUGUGGAAUAAAACAUUGAGAAUAAUUUUUAUUAUUAAAAAAAUUUAUGUUCAAGCAACAGAAGUAAAAAGUGCAUGAAAACAGUGGGGAUGUUACACAGAGUGUCCCCCAGGAAAGGAGCCUUCAGAAAUGUCUGUGAGGCAGCCAUGACAUUGUAGAAGUGUUAGCAGAUUGAAUACCAGCCCACAGGGAGGAAGGCACCUUCGAAACACAGACUUCUGCAUUAUUUUCCUGGGUGAGUCUAUCUAAUUUAGUCAAGUUCAAAUAUAGCCCGAUUCCAGUAUUAAGCUGUGAGUUAGUUGUGGAAACAUUAUGUACAAGUUUUAUGUAGCCCACAUAGGCAAUGAACUUCUGAAGAAAGACCCAAUGUCUGCCAGAACCAUAAUAAAUAAUUAUUGACUGUCAAAAUCUUGAAGGAAAGAAGGCAGGAAACAUUCCCAGAGAAUGAUUAUGAGACUUUGAUAUUGCCCCAAGAUUGUAAUGGUGAAACUUUUACCCUUCUCUUGGAACCUAACAUAGAACCAAGCUCAGGAAGCAAUCCACCUUCCAGAGGAGAGUAUCUUUAGUAUAUAUCACAAGAGAUUUUUUUGAUCCAUGUACAGAACAUUCUGUUGAUAACCAAGAAUAGUAAAGACAGUUUUAUCUUAAUAUAGCCUUUAAACAAAUUUCAUUGGUCCAUCCUGUCUCUAUAGGGAAGACAAGGGAGAAAGAAAUAUGGAAAGUGGAGGGUGGUAAAAAUUCUAUACCAUCACCUUAACAGUACAAGUAUCCAAAGAGCCUGAUCCAAGAAUUUGGAUUGAGGGUAAGAGAUGAUCAAAGAAAGGAGGUAACUUAUUCUCAUGCAUGGACAGAGUUAGGACCAACACAUGAACCCUCCUCAAGCUCCAAAUUUAGACUCAAGCUGGUGAUAAAUAUCUUUUCUUUCCUAUUAUUUGCCUCAUGGUAGCUAGUAUGAGAUUGUGUAGCAAGUUAAAAAAAAAAAAGGGCAGACUGCACCUUGACUGCACGGUGACUUCAUCUUCCUUAUGAGUACCAUUACCUAGAUCAUGAUGCUCCUUAACAACAAGUAACAGGGCCAAGAGCUGAUGAGGGUUUGCUGUAUCUUAUUCCCCUGAGAUGACCAUUCCCUGUCUUUUGUUAUAGUUAUAUUCAUUAUGGGCUAGGAGGGAAGUAAGAUUCAUAGAACUCUAAGGACACAGAGAAUUACUUAAUUGAAACCACAAAGCUCUUCUGUUUAAUAUUAAAUAUUAAAGAGGAAAUGAGAAAGGCAAAGCAACAGUACAGAUCAGGGAAACAUUAUGGAGCAAGUUUUCGAAAGCAAAUUUGAAUAUAAGACCAGAUCAGCUACAACUCAAAGUAUUUGCAGAAUCAGAGUAGCAUCCUCUUGUGAGGAGAUUCUAGUGUGCCCAGAUGCUGCCUGCACAAAGACAGAAGGUAAAGGCAAUUUCUGAGCCUAGGACUCUCAGACUCUCUCCUGAACAGCAGUGUGCACGUUACCUUAAAUUCCUUGCCACUGACCUUAAAGAAGGCAGACUGUAACUCCUCUGAUACUGUGGACUGAUUUCUUCCCAAGCCUGGCUUUUUCAUUGGUCAUUGCGAUCUGGGUAAUUAGUCCACACAGUCUCUUGGCCUUUUAUCUUCUGUAGUUAAUAUGAAAGAAGAAUCUAAGAUACCCUGUUUGAGUAAGACCUAUUGGAGACCAACUGGUGGAAGUUAGAAAAUGAAUAGGCAAUGGGUUUCAGCACUGUGCCACCAAGGAGAGAAGUCUCCUGAGAAAAUGUAUAUGCCCCCCAAACUUCUAAACAAUUAGGAAAGUUGGAGCUUUAGUUGUAGGUUAUCUUUCCAUCAAUGACUCAAGCCCUGACAUAAUUAUUCUUUCUAUCUUCUGCUUAAAUAUGCUUCCAUUUCUAAGGAGAUAAAUUAGACCAAGACCAACACUCCAGCCUUCUUGGGUAGCUGUACAUGUUUUCUGUGUAUUUUCAUUUUUUUAAAUUUUAUCUUCCACACAAUGAAGAAAGUUGCCUGGCCAUCACCAGACAUCUUACUAGCAAAUAUGACAUAGAAAUCACUAAGAAUGUCUAGAAUCAGUACAUUUAAUCCCAGUAUUAUUUCAGGAUCUUAUUCUCUCUCCGUGAUCUGUCUCUCCUCUGAGAGACUUUCCUCUCCUGGAGCCAUUUUCCAAACAUGAUUUCACUCGUAUUUCACAAAGAGUAAUAGCUAUACUAAGAAACUGACCAAAAUUUUUUUUAAUGUUUGACUUUUUUGUGAUUUUUCAUACUUAAUAUUUAGCCCCUGCUUCUCUAUCUGCUUUCCCCCAUAGCCUACCUACAGAACUUUAUGCAUUUUGUCACAUAAGUUGUCCCUUAGUGCAAGAUCAUCCAUUGGAGCCUGUUCAGCCAGUCUAGGACCACUCCCUCUUAAAAUAGCACCUCUUAGUCACCCAGCAAUGAUCAGCUGCCAACAGCCCCUUGCCAAAGUUAUGGCUUCCUGUCCUUUUCCCCAGUUCUCUGCUGGUUUUUGUCUGAGUUUGCAUGGGUAUUGUGCAUGCUUUCACUGUUCCUGUAAGUUCAUAUAAGCAAGGUCCCAGGAGCUAAAUACUUAUUUUUAUAGCCAUUGCAAAGAGGCUGUCUUAGUUGAGAAGAGCUCUUCAAGUUCCUUCCACAGAAAUUCUUCGGCACCCCCCUGCCUCUUACCGUUUUUCCGGCCCCACUUCUGGAUUUGGGGUUUUCCUCUCCAACUUUUUUCCUAUGUUGCAGAAGUGCAUUCCUUAAGCUGAAUUCUUAAACAGGUUGCUCAAAGAGAGUAAUGUAUCCUGACUUUCUUAUUAUUAUUAAAUUCAGAAAGGAGGAGUUGGAAAAAAAAAUCGUAAGCAAGCAAACAAGGCCUUCAUCCCAGAUGCUUCAACUCAAAGUCAAGUGCUAGAAAGUGAGUGGCCUCAAGUGAGAUGUUUUAGCAUGAGGAUCUGCUAAAAGAAAUGAAUGUGCUCUGGAAUAGUAAGCAGCCAGUGAGUGCACACUGGUCUUUGGUGGUUCUCUCCCCCUUCCAUCUCUUGCUCUCCCUCUGUCCCUCCCUCUCCCUCUCCUUUCCACAACCCUCCUUUUCUCUAGUUUGCCAAUACACAGCAUCUGUGUGAUGGACCGUGUUUGGUUUCAGUUUGAAUGUGCUAGUGCUGUGAUCAUAUCCAUAGCUUUCCUUUGCCCUAUAUUCGUAGGAAGCAACGUUUCUAAGUGUCUCAGCCAAUGAGUUGUUGGAUGUUAUUUUUGAAUUGUUCAUAUAUACUAUUGAAAGGAGAAAGAGGAACUAGAAUGGAAAAUAAAUUCAGUGACAAGCAGACCAAAGAAUCGUUCUGAAAUACAUUCUUCACCAAGCUGAGAAAAAUCCAGAAGCCAAAAAAAGGGGGUCAGGGUAGAGGCAAGGAGAGGGUUAUGGUCAUAAGAUGCUCUGGCUAUUUUCCCUUGUCAUCCCCCAUGAGCCCUGGUAGGAGCAGCUUGCUGUCAGUGAUUGCUGGGAAAUGGUGAUGGAUUGACUUUAGAAAGAGUCACAGGCUGUCUUCCAGGAAGGCAUUGAUAGCAAUGCACCUUGACUCUUCAAAAACCUAUUCUACAAACGUUAGGGAAGCUCCUCUCCAAGGAUUUCCAUUUUCCAGUCAAGAAUAUUUUGAGUAGAAGAGCCCCGUGCUCCUUGUGAUUACAUUUACUUAAUUGAGAAGCCAAAGGGCACAGAAGAGAACAGAACCCAUCAGGGGAAUAGAGUUAGCUGAACCUUUUUUUAUUUCCUUCAAAAACUUUUAGCAUGAUUUUGGAUCACAAAGUUAGGUCACCUUUGAGAGAGAAAAUCUUUCAAAUAAAAUUGUAUCUUUCCAUCCCCAGUGAAAACACCAGGUUUUCUAAUCUGAUUACUGUUGACUCCAGGAAAGGAAAUUGGUAGAUUGGAUUACAAACCGUCAUUUUACAGAUUGAUUUAAUCCUGAUUCUUACACAUAUUAACAUGGAAUUUACUGACUCAGACGUGCUCUUUUAAGCUAUAAAGCCUCAUUAAAGGGUAAUAGAUCAUAUGUUCUGAGCCAACCUGGAAGGCUAAAACAUUAAGUAAUCCUCCCCCAAAUUCAGUCUAUUAAUUCUACAAUUGCCAUAAGGCAUUUAGGACAUAGGCAGCAGAGGAGGAAAAGAACAGAGAUCAAUUGACUAAUGAGACAUGCAGUUAUUUUAAUUAUCGAAAAAUAAUAAACCCAAGGACAGUUCUCACAUCAGAAAAGAAUCUUGGAAAGUAAGUUUUGCAGUUGUCACUUAAAGGCUUAAUGAAAAGAAUGUCCAGGGGAGGGAUCUUGGUGUGUGAUGUUUUUGCCUUAGUUUUUAAUUGAAACUCAUAUAUGGAAAUUUUUUUCUGUAAUUCUAGGGCAUGUUUUGGAGAGAUGAUUUGUCCUUGCAAGGUUGUUUGUUGAGUGGAAACCCCCAUGCCAGGCAAGUCUAGGUGCUGGGAUAAGAGCAUGAAGUCCAUACCUCUUGAAGUUUGUGUACCAGUGAGAGGAAAUUAAAAAAAAAUGAAUGUAUCAUUAUACUAGGUUUAAGACGUCUAUCAGACAUGCAGGUACAAGUGUAGAUUAAGCAACCAAAUAUAUAAGCCUGAAGUUGAGGGAAUAGGUAGAGCCUGAAGGCAUGUUGAACUCAGCACCAUUUGGAUGAUGUUGAAGCCAUGAGGCUAGAUCUAAGUGGUGAGGACAGGCAGAAGACAGUUCACCAGACUGAGUCCUGCAGACAGUCAGAGUCCCAGCAGAGGACAUACCACUCUGGGAGGAGCCCUCAGGGACAAAACAACUGCUACCACAAAGAGAAUACAAUCCUAUGGAGCUCAUCCCACUGGUGCCCUUGUGGGGACAAAAGCAUCCUGAGGAUGGGCUAAAAAGGAUGGGGGGAGGAGAAUAAGUGACAAUGUGGGUACACAGCUCUUUUAGGAAUUCUAAGGAGGACAUAGAACUACCCAGAGGUAAAAGAAGUUGUGGGACCCAGAGAGGAAUUUUGUUUUAAAUAGACGGUUUUGAGAAGACCAAAAUGAUCCAUUAAAGAAGGGAUAUUGAUGAUGCUUAGGGAGCGAAGACAGUGCCUGGAGAAAUGUAUCUGAUGAGUGAGGGGCAGAGGAAAGGAAUCCAAGGCAUAAAUGGAGGGUUGGAUGAAGGAGCCUCCCAGAUGCUUUACAAUAAUAGAUCAUGGUACAGAUGGGCACAGAUGCAAGUGGGUUGAUACAUGUGGGAACAUGACUUUUCUGAUUGAUGAUUCUUCAGUAAAGUACAAAGGGAAUUCAUUAGCUAAGAGUGGUUUGGAUAGCAAAUACUGUAGGUUCUGAGAGAAGCAACCUAAGUCAGUUCCAUAGUCAUUUAGCAGAAAGGGGAGGGAUGAUAAAACGCAGAGAGCAUGCUUGGUGGGCUUCAGGCUAGCUUGAAGUUCUGAGAUCAUGAAUUUAAAGAAAUUAAGGAAUUUUCUACAGUCCUAUUCAGCUCUUCACCUGGAGUGUUGAGUUAAAUAGGAUUUGAAAACAGCACACAAUGUAGAGUUAAGGACAACUGUUAUGGUUUGUCAUGAAAAUCUAAGCUGGGUGAAAAAGUGAGGAUUUUUAGAGAAUUGUCUCAAGUUGCAGGCAGGUGGGCUACACUGCAGAGUUCCAGACCAGCCUAGGCUACAGAGUGAGACCUUGAUUCAGAAACAGUAGAGGAAUAAUGGGAAGAAACGCAGGUAGAGAUCACUGACUUACUGAACCAGGGUCCUAGAAGGAAUACUCUAGAAAUUAAGAGCUAGGUCAGAGAUCUGUAUGCUGGGGACCAGGAUUAUGGAAUGGUUGCUGUUGAGAAUGAAAUGUUUUAGAGUUUGGAAUGGGGCUGGGGAGUUGAUAGAGGGAGGACAUUCGUAAAGAGCAGAAGUCAAGGAACUGAGAGACCAGGAUGAAAUGAUUGUUUAUGUAGAUUCUGACUACUGUCAUAGGAAUCCAUAUUUAUAACACAGAUUAAGGGAAGUAAUUCAAGACAGUUUCAAUCAUUGUAUCAGGCAAGGGGAACAGCUACUGUUGCCUGAUGUGCUCAAGUUGAAUUUGAUCACUGUGUGUAUUUCUUUUUGAGGAAGAAGGAGGGAAUAUGGUCUGGGAAUGACAUGAUGAGCAAGGAAGCCACUUAUGUCACUUCCAGGCUGGUGGCAUGACAGCUGUGUGAGAGGAAAGCAUACCCCUCAUCAGGGAUUCAGGGACUUCAAGGAGAGGACAGAAACCAUCAGGGUGUGUGGCAGCAGAGGACCAUGGAGUCACAGGAAGGAAUGGGAGUUAGGCUUUACGGAGAGGUGUACUCGGGCAUCUGCAGAUAAAAGAGUGAAAAGAAAUAUGCAAGAGUCUUUGGCUCUUCAUGCUGACUAUCCUAACCCAGGCUUAUGGGUCUUUGGGAUUGGUGCUGGUAGUUUUUGUCAGAUAGUACAAGUCUUGACAGCAGCACAUGGAACUCUGGUGGGAUUUUUUCAACCCCCCUCCCCCCAUUUUCUUUAACUUUUACUAUAUUUUUACUACCAUAUCGUAUAUGUUAUUUUUGCUUGGUUGUCUGGAGAUGGCAUUCAAUCCUCCUGCCUCAGUCUCCUGAGGGCUGAGAUCACCGGCAUGUACCCCCAAGCCUGGCUUGGCUACUACAUAUUUUCAUGGAUGUCAUUAGAUGUGACCCUGGACAGAAAGUGCAUUUUGACUGUUUAUCCUGGAAAGACCACAUUUCCACUGUAAAUCUCCUUUCUAUUUUAAAAACUUCUAAUGCUCCUCGGGGGAACCAUAAUUCUUUGUUCUUACUUACCACAUUACUUUUUAUCUUUUAAAAGAAAUCUAGAAGAAUAGAAAACAACUUUGCCUCUGCCCAAUUGUAGCAAAUGAACAUUUCCUCUGAUCAUUUUUAUGUAGUAUUCUCUUUUGUGACCGAGAACAAUAGGCCACGAGCAUUAGGAAAUGAUUGGAAGUCUUUAAAACUUUGAAGGAGAGUUUUGGACAAUUAGGACAGUUAGGAAAGGUGUUUGAGUGGGGCUGCAUUUAAAGGAAAAAAAAGCAUUUUGAAGUUAAUGCUGGAAAAAAGUAUGAGAUUAGAUCAAAGGAAGCCGGGAAACAAAAAACACUGUAGCAUUUGGAGAUUUAGCCAGAGUAAGCUUGAUCCUGUCUCCUCUGAAACAUUCCACAUACUUCUGACACCAGUGGUAGGCUGAUUCUGUUUUAUUUCCUGGGAGCUUAAGAAAUCAUAAUUUGCAAACAGACAGAAGCUCUUGAGCCAUUUCUAGUGAGCUAGUUUUCCAAACCCAGCAGAAUCUUGAACAGGGCAUGAGAUCAUAUUACAGUGGCUGAUUCAGAUUCAUCGUCCACCAGUGAACACACUCCCUUCAGUUCCAGCAUGUCCUGCCUGGUGAUCCCCACAAGGAUUAGUUGGUGUUCACCCAGGCUCAUCUAAUGCCUGUCUUUAGUUCUUGUGAUGGAAGGGAAUUAAAGCCAACUGAAGGGCUUAUUGCAUGCUUUACGCACCAAGGAUGGAUGGAACUCCUUUAGGAAAGGAGUGGGAAACAGAAGCUAGAGGUACGUGGUUUGGUCCUGAUGGCUUUACUUCCCAGCUGGUAGGAUUUCAGCCUUUCAAAGGUGAACGCUAAACAACAUGGCUUCCAUCUGCCUCAGAUUUCCCCGUCUUCAGGUUGGCUCCUAGGCCAACUUAACUGGGGAUGGCUCUGUAUGUGAGUCAGUUUGUGGGAGGUGUGGAAGCAGAGGUGAGCAAAGGAGAGGGAAUCUAAGUGGGAGCUGUUAUCCAAUGACCACCCAGUAUUCAUAUUUUUCUAGUAGCCAUGACUCUUGUGGACAUAUGUCCAGGGAGCUAGCUAGCAUGUUAGAGUGGGGAGUAGAGAAGAGACAGGAAAGGACAGUGAGCUCUUACCUGUAGGGAAAGUCUCUUUGCUCCCACCUGACACAUAGGCCUGUGCUCUAGCAGUAUCAUAAUUACACUUAGCCACAAGGCCAAUGCAUGUGGGUGUGAGUGCAAGCAUGGGGGGUAAUGAUGCCCAAUACACACCCACAGUGGAUUGUGGCACAGCUGUGGAGCCACAUCCUUCCUAAAGUCAUAAGGGAGAGGGAUAGCGGUCAUAGCUUUCCUGGUGUGGUAGCCCCUGCCCAGGGAAAGCACUCAAGCUUGCCUGGACUCUGUGAGGCCAGAUCCCACCUUCCUUCUUCCUCUCGACUCUCAGAUCCCCAGCCCAUUCACCUCCAAGUUCUUUUACAUUUGUUUUGGUUUGGUUUGGUUUUCUGUAAAUAUCUAUUUCUUAUUUUGGACAUGCAGGGAUCAUUUGAGAUUCUGGAGUGGGGGGAGGGGCGGAUGACUGGGUCUUUUUAUUUUUAUUUUUUUCUUUCUCUCUUGGAUUUUGGUGUUUGAACUUGAAAAAAAUACAAGUAUAUAUAUAAGCAAAUGACUUACCUUUAACAAAUGAAAUAAGUUGAUUUCAUUCUUUUAAUUUAUCUUGUUUCUCAUUGGGGUAGGGUGGGGGUGGGGGGUCUUUGGGUGGAGGGCUUUUUUGUGAGCUGUAUAGAUUUCCAGUUUGGACUUGUUCAAAUGAUGCAGGAACAAAAAUUAAAAUGAAUUAAAAAAAAGACAACAUAAAAACAAGAAAAAACUUUGUGAUGUACAAAAGCUGUAAAUAGUCAAAGAUUCUUUCUCUUUUCUAAUGGCAAAUUAUUUCUGUCACUUUAUAUUCAAAAAAUAAAGAAACC